GGGAAAUGAGCGAAAGCAGUCAGAAAGAGCGAGCCGAGCUGGAGUUGGAGUUGUUACGCUGCAGGGAGGAGCUGGAGAAACAUGCUGACGGAAAACAGCGAGCACACCUCUGACACUCUCGGUCAGCAUUAGAAGUAUAAAAGCAAAGGUCCAUAAUGAGCAAUUACACACAUUUCGACGACCAGCCGCCCCAAUACUACCAGGGCACAGACCUCGGGGAGGAAGAGGAGGAGGAGAUGCCAGCCACAGAGAAAGAUCUGGCCGAGGACGCGCCGUGGAAGAAGAUCCAGCAGAACACAUUCACCAGAUGGUGCAAUGAACAUCUCAAAUGCAUGAAUAAGAGCAUUACAGACCUCCAGAAAGACCUGAGUGAUGGGCUCAAACUCAUCGGGCUCCUGGAAGUCCUCAGUCAGAAGAAAAUGUACAGAAAACAUCACGUCAGACCAAACUUCAGACAAAUGAAACUGGAAAACGUGUCUGUGGCGCUGGAGUUUCUGGACAGAGAGCGCAUCAAACUAGUGUCUAUUGACAGUAAAGCUAUUGUAGAUGGGAAUGUGAAGCUGAUUCUGGGUCUCGUCUGGACGCUCAUUCUACAUUAUUCGAUCUCCAUGCCCAUGUGGGAUGAUGAGGAUGAUGAAGAGGUUAAGAAGCUCACUCCCAAACAAAGACUACUGGGCUGGAUUCAGAAUAAGGUUCCACAGCUUCCUAUUCACAAUUUCAACAAAGACUGGCGGGAUGGCAAGGCCCUUGGUGCUCUGGUGGACAACUGUGCCCCUGGUCUUUGCCCUGACUGGCAAACAUGGGACCCCAACCAGCCUGUUGAAAAUGCCCGUGAAGCCAUGCAGCAGGCUGAUGACUGGCUCGGUGUACCACAGGUGAUAGCUCCAGAGGAAAUUGUGGAUCCAGACGUGGAUGAGCAUUCUGUGAUGACGUACCUCUCUCAAUUUCCUAAAGCCAAACUGAAGCCUGGAGCUCCUCUCAAGCCCAAGCAGCUCUACCCCAAAAAGGCCAAGGCCUAUGGACCCGGUAUUGAGCCUCAGGGAAACAUGGUUUUAAAGCCGGCUGUGUUCACUGUGGAAACACUGGAGGCAGGACUUGGUGAAGUGAUCGUGUAUGUAGAGGACCCAGAGGGUCACACUGAGGAGGCUAAAGUUGUUGCCAACAAUGACAAGAAAAGGACAUUCUCUGUCACAUACGUGCCCAAAGUAGAGGGUCAGCACAAGGUAAAAGUGCUCUUCGCUGGACAGGACAUUGAGAAGAGCCCCUUCAUGGUAAAUGUGGCAAAAGCUAUGGGUGAUUCUAGCAAGGUUCAGGCACGAGGUCCUGGUCUGGAGCCAGUUGGCAACGUGGCCAAUAAGCCUACAUAUUUUGACAUCUAUACAGCAGGUGCUGGGGCUGGAGACGUUAGCGUGGUCAUCGUUGAUCCUCAGAAUAAAAACAACACUGUGGAAGUUAUUCUAGAAAACAAAGGUGAUAACAUCUAUCGUUGCACAUACAAGCCUGUACAGGAGGGACCGCACAUUAUCCAUAUGAGCUUCGCCGGGCAGCCGAUACCCAACAGCCCCUUUAAAGUAAACAUCUCUGAGGCCAGCAAUGCCAAUGCUUGUCGGGCCACCGGCCGAGGACUGCAGCUUAAAGGUGUUCGGACUAAGGAGGUGGCGGACUUUACUGUUUUUACCAAAGGAGCAGGACCUGGAGAGUUGAAGGUCUCCGUGAAAAGCCCAGGUGGAGCCGAGGUACCUGUCAAGGUGCGUGAUGUCGAUGAUGGAGUGUACAAAUGUGACUAUUGUCCUGUUCACCCUGGAAAAUAUCAAGUAAACAUCACAUGGGGUGGCCAACCUAUCCCACGCAGCCCGUUUGAAGUGGAGGUUAGUGCAGAGGCUGGACCACAGAAAGUGCGGGCUUGGGGUCCCGGCUUGGAGACUGGAAUGGUUGGCAAGUCUGCUGAUUUUGUGGUUGAGGCUAUUGGUACAGAGGUGGGAACUUUAGGGUUUUCUAUUGAGGGCCCCUCUCAAGCUAAGAUUGAGUGUGAUGAUAAGGGUGAUGGCUCCUGUGAUGUGCGAUACUGGCCCACUGAACCCGGUGAAUAUGCAGUGCACGUCAUCUGUGACGAUGAAGAUAUCAAACACAGCCCAUUCAUUGCCCACAUACUCCCAGCAGCCAAUGACGUCUUUCCUGAGAAGGUCAAAGCCUUUGGGCCAGGCCUGGAUCCCUCUGGAGUUAUUGUCAACAAACCAACUCAAUUCAUAGUUGAUGCCCGGGAAGCCGGCAAGGGUAGUCUGAAGAUCUAUGCUCAGGAUGCUGAAGGCUGUGUCAUUGACAUCAAGAUUACUGACAAAGGGGAUGGAACUUUUGUUUGCAUGUAUGUACCAACCAAGCCAGUGAAACACACUAUCAUAAUUACAUGGAGGGAGGUCAACAUAUCCAACAGCCCCUUCAGAGUCCUUGUUGGUGAAGGCUGUCACCCUGACAAAGUGAAGGUUUAUGGACCAGGGGUUGAGAAAACUGGCCUAAAGUCUAAUGAACCUACCUAUUUCACUGUUGACUGCAUCGAAGCUGGCCAAGGUGAUGUCAGCAUUGGAAUCAAAUGUGCCCCGGGUGUAGUGGGUCCAGCAGAGGCAGAUAUAGAUUUUGACAUCAUUAAAAAUGACAAUGACACCUUUACUGUCAAGUACACACCCCCUGGCCCUGGCCGAUACACCAUAAUGGUGGUUUUUGCAGAUCAGGAAAUCGCAAGCAGUCCGUUCAAGGUUAAAGUGGAUCCAUCUCAUGAUGCUGGUAAAGUCAGAGCUGAGGGACCUGGGCUGAACAAGACGGGUGUUCAAGUGGACAUCCCAAUCCAUUUCACCAUCUACACCAAGGGGGCCGGAAAGGCUAAACCAGAGGUGCAGUUUAAAACCUCUGUCAAAGGAGAUGCUGUUAAAGACUUUGAAAUUAUUGAUAAUCAUGACUACUCCUACACAGUGAAGUACACUGCUCUUCACCAGGGUGAAAUGGCCAUCAUGGUCACACAUGGAGGAGAUCCUAUUCCCAAAAGCCCUUUCAAUAUCACAGUCGCACCUCCUUUGGAUCUCGGUAAAGUCAAAGUUCAAGGACUCAAUGAAAAAGUGGAAGUUGGGAAGGACCAGGAGUUUAUCAUCAACUCUAAAGGAGCAGGUGGACAGGGGAAGUUAAAUAUAAACAUAACCUCACCCUCUGGUCGAGUAAUACCUUGCAAAGUAGAAUCGGACAAGACCAAAGAGUCCACCUGCGUGAAGUACAUCCCACCUGAAGAGGGUCUUUACAAGGUGGACAUUAGCUAUGACGGGAACCCUGUUCCAGGAAGUCCCUUCGCUGUGGAGGGGCUGAUGCCUGCAGACCCUACAAAGGUGCGUGCAUAUGGGCCAGGACUUAAGGGUGGUAUUGUGGGUCAGCCUGCACUGUUUACUAUAGAAACCAAGGGAGCAGGUGCUGGUGGACUGGGUCUGACAUUGGAAGGCCCCUGCGAGGCUAAGAUCGAGUGUCAAGACGAUGGUGACGGCACCUGCUCUGUUACCUACCUGCCUACAGAAGCCGGGGACUACAACAUCAAUAUUUUGUUCGGAGAAGCUCAUAUCACUGGCUCUCCUUUCAAAGCUGUUGUCAAGUCAGCUCUGGAUGCAAGUAAGGUUAUAGUAAGUGGCCCAGGACUGGAGAGGGCUAAAGCCGGAGAAGUAGCCACCUUCACAGUGGACUGCAGCAGGGCUGGAGAGGCUGAACUCACUAUAGAGAUUGUGUCAGAUGCAGGUGCUCAAGCUGAGGUUUGCAUACAAAAGAACAAUGAUGGAAACUUUUCUGUCACCUACACCCCACUCUUUCAUGGGAUGCACACCAUCACCAUUAAAUAUGGAGGUCAGCAAGUACCCAAGAGCCCCAUACAUGUUCAGGUGGAACCAUCUGUGGACACAAGUGGGAUUAAAGUGUAUGGACCGGGAGUUGAGCACAGAGGGGUUCUUAGGGAGGUGACUACACACUUUAUUGUGGAUGCCAGGGCCCAGACUAAGACCAAAGGAAAUCACAUCAAGAUCCGCAUCAUCAAUCCAUCUGGCACAAACACAGACACACAUAUCACCGAUAAGGGUGAUGGCACCUAUAGAGUGGAAUACACUGCUUUUGAGGACGGUUUGCAUCUGAUCGAGGUCUUUUAUGAUGACGUUGCUGUUCCCAAGAGCCCCUUUAGGGUGUCAGUUGUAGAAGGCUGUGACCCGACACGGGUUCGUGCUUAUGGUCCAGGCCUAGAAGGUGGCCUAGUGGACAAACCCAACUGCUUUACAGUGGAGACAAGGGGUGCUGGAACAGGUGGUUUAGGCUUGACCAUUGAAGGAGCCUCAGAAGCCAAAAUGUUCUGUAAGGACAACAAAGAUGGUAGUUGCAGCGUUGAAUAUGUUCCUUUCACACCUGGAGACUAUGAUGUUAACAUUACUUAUGGAGGACAGCCAAUACUAGGCAGUCCAUUCCGCGUGCCGGUGAAAGAUGUGGUAGACGUCAGUAAGGUGAAGUGCUCGGGUCCUGGACUUGCUAACAGGGUGACUGCCCAUGUUCCACAGACGUGCAGUGUAGACAGCACCAAGGCAGGACUGGCUCCAUUAGAGGUUCAGCUGUAUGGCCCAACAGGGGCUCUGGAGCCUGUUGUUGUUAAAAACAACCGUAAUGGAACACAUACUGUCAACUACACCCCUGCACAGGAGGGACCAUACACUGUGUCGGUGAAAUACGCCAGCCAAGAAGUACCUGGGAGUCCGUUCAAAGUAAAUUCAGCCCCCUCACAUGAUGCCAGUAAGGUGCGUGCCAGUGGUCCUGGUCUGGACACUAAAGGAGUGGCUGCUAGUAUGCCAGUGGAGUUCACUAUUGAUGCUCGAGACGCAGGAAAAGGCCUUCUGACCGUCCAAAUACUGGAUCCAGAGGGAAAGCCGAAAAAAGCCAGCAUCCAUGACAACAGAGAUGGGACCUACACUGUAUCUUACUUUCCAGACAUGACUGGCCGUUACACUAUCACCAUUAAGUAUGGUGGAGAUAACAUCCCAUACUCACCUUACAAUGUCCACGCUGUUCCCAUGGGUGAUGCCAGCAAAUGUCUGCUCACAGUGUCUAUCGGAGGACAUGGUGUUGAAAGCCUUGGGCCCAACAUUACAAUGGCAGAAGAGACAGUCAUCACUGUUGAUGCUAAAGCUGCUGGGAAAGGGAAGGUAACAUGUAAAGUGCUGACCCCUGAUGGUGUGGAACUGGACAUGGACGUUAUAGAGAAUCCUGACGGCACCUUCGACAUCUACUACACUGCACCAGAGCCAGGCAAAUAUGUCAUUACAAUCCGCUUUGGAGGACAACACAUUCCCAACAGCCCGUUUCAAGUCAUGGCUACAGAUCAGCCUGUUAAACCGAGGGACGACACAAAGCCUAUGUUCCAGCCCCUAAACUUAGUUAUUCCUUUUACUGUCCAGCAGGGAGAGCUUAGUGGAGAAGUGCGUAUGCCUUCUGGUAAGACAUCCCGUCCCUUCAUCAGAGACAAUAAAGACGGAAUGGUCACAGUGCAGUAUCAGCCCACAGAGAAGGGUCUGCAUGAAAUGGAUAUAAAAUACGAUGGCAACCACAUCCCAGGAAGUCCUUUGCAGUUUUUUGUCGAUGUAAUGAACAGUGGAAUGGUGACAGCUUAUGGACCUGGUCUGUGCCAUGGGACAGUGAACAAACUAGCCAGUUUUACUGUUGUUACCAAGAAUGCCGGAGAAGGUGGUUUGUCCCUUGCUGUAGAGGGUCCAUCUAAAGCUGAGAUUAGCUGCAAAGACAAUAAAGAUGGUACCUGUAGUGUGUCCUAUUUGCCUACCACACCUGGUGACUACAACAUCAUUGUCAAGUUUGACAGCAGGCACAUUAAUGGCAGCCCCUUCACUGCUAAGAUCACUGGUGAUGAUUCACUCAGAAGAUCUCAGCUGAACGUUGGCACGGCAGCAGACGUCUCGCUAAAGAUUACAGAAACAGACCUGAGCUAUCUGACAGCAAGCAUCAAAGCUCCUUCAAGAAAGGAGGAACCCUGUCUACUGAAGAGAUUGCCCAAUCGACACAUCGGUCUCUCCUUCACCCCAAAAGAAGUAGGAGAGCAUGAGGUUAGCGUGAGAAAAAGUGGGAAACAUGUGACCAACAGUCCCUUUAAGAUUAUGGUAGGUUCUUCUGAGAUCGGGGAGGCCAGCAGGGUAAAGGCAUUUGGCAAAGGCCUUGUUGAAGCUCACACAUUUGAAGUAGCAGAAUUCUUCGUGGACACUAGAAAUGCUGGAUAUGGAGGGCUUGGGUUGUCAAUUGAGGGUUCAAGUAAAGUGGAUAUCAACUGUGAGGACGUGGAAGAUGGAACGUGUAAAGUGACAUACUGUCCAACUGAACCAGGAAACUACAUAAUCAACAUCAAGUUUGCAGAUAAACACAUACCAGGAAGUCCUUUCACAGUGAAGGUAACUGGAGAAGGACGGAUGAAAGAGAGUAUAACAAGGAAAAGACAAGCUGCAUCUAUUGCUUCAGUAGGCAGCACAUGCGACCUCAACCUCAAAAUUCCAGGAAAUUGGUUCCAGAUGGUGUCUGCACAGGAGCGUUUGACUCGCACCUUCACGCGCAGUAGCCACUCUUACACGCGUACAGAACGCACCGAAAUCAGCAAGACUCACGGAGGUGAGACAAAACGAGAAGUACAUGUGGAGGAGAGCACGCACGUCGGCAGAGACCCGUUUAGAGACGUAUUUGAUUCGUUUCUGGGAAGGGAGCGACUGGGUAGUUUUGGUGCAAUGCGACAGGAAGGUGACACAGGGAUUCAGGGUAUGACAGCCCAGGUUACCAGCCCUAGUGGCAAUGUAGCUGAUGCAGAGCUCGUUGACAGUGGGGACAGUACAUACCGAGUCCGUUUCGUACCUGCUGAAAUGGGUCGUCACACCGUUAAUGUCAAAUACAGGGGCGAGCAUGUUCCCGGAAGCCCCUUCCAGUUUACCGUUGGGCCCCUUGGAGAAGGAGGUGCCCACAAGGUCAGAGCUGGAGGUACAGGCCUUGAGAGAGCCGUCGCUGGAGUUCCUGCUGAAUUCAGUAUUUGGACAAGAGAGGCUGGAGCCGGCGGUUUGUCCAUUGCUGUGGAGGGUCCAAGCAAAGCUGAAAUCUCUUUUGAAGAUAGAAAAGAUGGAUCCUGCGGGGUUAUUUACAUAGUGCAAGAGCCAGGUGACUAUGAAGUUUCCAUCAAGUUCAAUAAUGAACAGAUACCAGACAGCCCGUUCAUCGUUCCAGUGGCAAAACUGUCUGAUGAUGCACGUCGACUUACUGUUACAAGUCUUCAGGAGAAGGAUUUGAAGGUGAAUCAAGAAGCCUCAUUUGCUGUUCAGAGGAACGGGGCGAGAGGUGUAAUAGAUGCUAAAGUUCACGCCCCCUCUGGUGUGGGAGAGGAGUGUUACGUCACUGAACUGGACAGUGACAAGAAUGCAAUUCGGUUCAUUCCACGUGAGAAUGGUGUUCAUUCGAUUGAUGUGAAGUUCAAUGGAAGCCACAUCCCAGGUAGCCCGUUCAGAGUUCGUGUUGGUGAAGCAGAAAAUCUUGGCGAUCCUGGCAUGGUGUCCGCCUAUGGUACAGGACUUGAGGGUGGUCGCACAGGGAUCGCCUCUGAGUUUGUUGUCAACACAUGCAAGGCUGGAUCAGGGGCAUUAUCAGUUACUAUUGAUGGCCCCUCAAAGGCCAAAAUGGACUGUACAGAGUGCCCAGAGGGUUACAGAGUCUCUUAUACACCUUAUGCACCAGGCAACUAUCUUAUAUCCAUCAAGUAUGGUGGGCCACAGCACAUUGUUGGUAGUCCAUUUAAAGCAAAGGUGACAGGUAUACGUCUGUCCGGGGGUCACAGUCUACAUGAAACUUCAUCAGUCAUUGUGGAGACUGUUACCAAAACCUCUAAGAUGGCUGGAGCUUACAGCUCUUUGUCCAGCUCCAAAUCAACAUCAGAUGCCAGUAAGGUUGUGUGUCAUGGUCCUGGCCUCUCCAAAGCAUCCGUGGGUCAGAAGAACAACUUCUCCGUUGACUGUAGUAAAGCAGGUACAAAUAUGCUGAUGGUUGGUGUUCAUGGUCCCAUAACUCCAUGUGAAGACGUGUCUGUUAAGCAUAUGGGAAACAAGCUAUACAAUGUGACCUACACAGUCAAAGAAAAAGGAAACUAUGUAGUGAUUGUUAAAUGGGGGGAUGAAACUGUACCAGGAACUCCUUUCAAUGUAACUGUUCCUUAAAAACCCAAACCUCCAGAUUUCCUAAUCAAAAGAAUAAAGAAUAGAUUAUAGAUUUAAUGCAGGGAAAUGUAGACUUUAACCAGACAUUUAUAUUAUCUUUUCACUCUGGGAGAAAAGCUUUUUUUGUUGACAAAUACACUCGUUAGAAGCUGCUGUUCUACUUUUAAUGCUAACCUGUUUGGCGCAAAUGCAUUUUAAUGCUCUUCUUGAUGCCACAAUGUACCUUUUAUUAAUCAUUAAAAGAGUGAAGAUUGAUAAAAACACGAACAAAGGUAACUAAACCUGAAAAUUACGUAAAUUAAAUUGGUAUGCUGUCACUGAAAGCUUGACCAAAAGAGAUGUGCGAAUAUGCAGAGGAAUGUUUAUUUCUUAAAGGUACUUUUGUUGGUUAGGGUACAUCACAACUGUAUGGUAUUGUGUACAGAUGUAUCCAGCGCUUUUAUAUGCUUUAUAGAAUGUAAUUUUGUAAUCUUAACCAUAUGUUUGAUAAGUGUUUUAAAAACCUAAAUAAAGACUAAACCAAAAUAAAUGUUAUAAACAAUGUAAUU